AGGAUUCGGGACACAAGCGACUUUCUCCUCACACAGAGCAGAUGCAUUCCCCUGGGAUUUGCCCCCAAGCUGCUGGCUGCAGGAUGAGGAACUCCUACCCCAACCGGGAAGAUAAGAGGCUAAUGAAGCCAGUAAUAGAGAAAAGAAGGAGAGACCGAAUUAAUCAGAGCCUGGAACAUCUAAGGACCCUUCUCUUGGAGGCCACUCAUGAUGAGACUUUAAAAAACCCCAAGGCUGAAAAGGCCGAUAUUCUGAAGAAGACGGUUCACUUUCUCAAAAUGUGUCAUAAUCCAGUGCCGUCGGAUGGAAAGAAAUUGCUGUCGGGGUUCAAAGGAGGCUUUCGGGAAGGACUCAACCAGGCCACCUCCUUUCUGAACUCGGCUGACAGUAUCUGCCAGAAGAAGAAGGAGUACGUGGUGCAGAGGCUGUGCCAACACAUGGAGCAGCAGACUCAGAAGCACUGCCACGACUCCGCUCAAGAUGUCUCCUCCAGGGUCAACCAGAGGCAGAUCUUGCCGAGCCCACCAUUGAUCUCCAGGGUUACAGGGAAUGGACUGGAACAAAGCCCCGAGACCCAGACCAGCCGACCUCCUCAUUCCCACCAUCCAUCUCCAUCCAGUUCCUUCAGAACGCCCUGUAUGGGGCAAGAACAGCAGCAGACACCCCCACAAACUUUUCAAGCCAACACCAACAAAAAGCCAACCCAAAGGACUCUCUUCCCCCCGACCAGCUCCUCUGUUAACUCCGCCCUUGUGUGGAGGCCCUGGCCAUAAAUAUUAUUUAUUAUCCCCUCCCUUCUCCCCCUUUUUUUGUACAUAUGGACUGUAAAAUUAAAUUAUAUCUUUAUCUUUUUUAUACUUUCAUCACUCUGUAUUUUCUACGUGCAUAGCUCUAUAAAUUAAAGGACUAUAGGUGUUGUUUUGUA